AUGCGCGCACUUCUAUUUCUCGCUAUCUAUGGGGCAUGCUUUUCCCCAAAGCGUGCAUAUGCCUCACCAGGAACCACCACACCACCAGCGUCGCUUAUCACCCCCGCCCCAGUAUUACAUGGGAGAUUUGCAAGAGACUUUGUGGGAUACGUAUUAUUUUUGGACGGUGAUACUUCCGUCCGGACCUGCAAUACUGGAUAUACGUACACCUACACAAAUGGAUAUGCAGGUUGCGUUCGCUCGCUUGGGGAUCUUGGUACCGAAUGCGAUGGUUCCACGGUCAUCUUCACGUAUGGACACACUUCAGAAUGCUCUUAUGCCUGUGUUACGGAUUUCUACUUAUAUUCCCUCAACGAUAGAGAGCCGGCCUGGGGUAUACAUUGCGCCACGCGCACCACCGGUUGGAAAGUAUUGCACAUGUCGUCAGAAGAUCUUCCCAGUGGAAAGAUAACCAUCACGCAACCAAUUAAGCCAUCUACCCCGCCAGAUGCGAAGACUAUCGAAAGGACUGUCACUGUACAUAAUUUUACAGCCGCUUCAGCACCUAAUUCAGGCUCGCCUUCACCUACUAAGCCAUCACAAGUACAAAAGAACAACGGCGCCUUGAUCGGCGGCGCCGUCGCGGGCUCUCUUGUCUUCAUUGGCCUCAUCAUUGCAAGCAUUAUUUUCUUCCUAAGCAGACGUCGCCAGAAACAGGGUCGCUCCGAGGAAUUUGUGGCCCAUGGUACUCGAUUCAUGGGCAUGGAUCGAUCCGUCCCAAAUUCGCCGGCCCCAUUCUCACCACCGCCGGAAUACACUCAGGAAAAAUCACCAAGCACCACGGUGUCGAUAGCGAGGAAGCCAGUGCAGCAACCAGGUAAUGUAGUUAGGAAUGAGGUUCACGAGGCCUAUGGAGAGCCGGUGUAUGCAAACGAGCUCCCGGCGCAUUGUGUGCAGCCUCAGCGGAGGAGCGAGCUUGGCUGA